AUGGAGACAGACGAACAUAAUGUACAAAAUCUCAGGAAGAGAAAAAAUAUCUCUAAUGAUGACGAUAUUAACGGUGAUGACGCUCGUGGUGGUGCUGAUGAUGGAAACAAUAGUGACAAUAAAUAUAAGAGACAUGAUAAUUCUAGAGAUGACGUUCUAACUGAUAGUACUAUAAGACCGUUUUCAAACAUCGCUGAGGGAUAUGAUGAUGGUACGGAUACUGAAAUACCAAUACCAGAAAGAAAGAGGGAGAGAAAAAAGAAAAAUACACAACGCAACGACAAGCCCAAAACGCAGCGAUUGUUAUUAUCGAAUAGCGAGCCCACGAAACGAAUAUCGACGUCACAGCAGCACGGUGUCGAUUCCACCUCCUUGCGCCGAUUCAAGGGUACCACCGCAUCGCAAACUAUAUCCAAAAAAGAGAGUAAAAAGAAAGGAAAGAAGGAUACGAACAAGCUCACCACAGAUGAUGCGACCACGCGCCACAUCGGCGGUACAGCCACAGCGCAGAGAUCCAAGAAUAAGAAAUCGUUACCAUCGCAAAAGGAAAGAAAAAAAGACAGAAUUAGCGAUACGGAUACACGCUCAACAGAGUCGCAACUGGAAACAGAAUCCACCAGUGCAACCUCGGCAAAACCAAAAGAGAGAGACGGUGACAGUGAUGAUAAGAAAGACGAUACAGAGUCGCAGACGGUAGCAGAAAUCACGAGUGCGUCCUCGGCAUCUCUAAAUGAGAGAGAUCACGACAAUGAUGAAAAGAAAGACGAUCAGUCCAAGAAACAACAAAUAUUGUUAUCGGAUAACGAUAUCGUUGCUAGUGAUAAUGUUGAUUAUGAAGAUGGUGGUGCUGGCGGUAACGAUGAUGAAGAUGAUGAUGAUACUGAUAAGAGGUCAUCAAAGCGAAUGUCGAUAUUACGGCAUGGUAACGAAUCCACAGGCGACAAUUUACACAACGAGGCUGACACCACACCGCAAACAUUAACAUUAUCGAAAAGACAAAAUAUUAGCGAUGCGCCGUCGUCCGAAGAAAAUAUAAAGCACCAGACGAGCACCAAACGACUAAAAAUAUGCGAUGCCAAUAUUACUUUAUUGUCACCCAAAAGAAAGGGUGACAAGCAGAAGCAAAUUAUCGGCAAGAUUCUGAAAGAAUAUAAGAUAACUAGCCUAGAAGACGAUGCCGAGAAGAAAAUUAUCGGCAAGCUUCGGAAAAAGUAUAAGAUGAAGAAAAUUAUCGGCAAGCGUCUGAGAGAAUACAAGAUAACUAGCCAAGAGGACGAUGUCGAGAAGAAGCGAGAAGUGUCCGUCGGUGGUACAACAGCGAGGGUCGACAGCGACCAAGAUUUACGGAAAAAUUUUUCAACUUGA